GCCCCCAGGCGGAGCCGGAGCCGAGCCGGGAGCCGGAGCUGGAGGACUGGCAGCAAGACCCCAGCGCGGGAGGCUGCUGUGAUCGAUUGGGCGGGAGCCCCAGAGGUACUGGUGGGAGUGGGGUUCGGGAAGCCCUGAGGUCGGGCCAGACAGGGACAAAGUGGCCUGGCCGCAAGCACUGGUGGUGUUGGGGUGGAGACGAGGCUUCUCACCGCGUUCGCUGCCUGCACCCUCCCAACCUCCCUCCGGCUCCAGCUCAGUCCCGAGUCAGCAUGUCCAGUCCUCUGCCUCCGUCUGACGACUCCCAGUCCCUCCUCUUCAUGACGGCUUAACCCGACUGGUGAGCCGGGCAGAAACAGCUAGCUGCCACAACCUCGGCCUUCAGGCUGGGCACCAAGCACCCUUGUCUGCCAAUGCAACCCGGCUCCCAGAGAGUCAGGCCCACAGAGCAUGCCCAUGUGGGCCGGCGGCGUGGGGAGCCCUCGGCGGGGCAUGGCCCCAGCACCCAGCGAUGACCUCUUCGCCCGUAAGCUGCGCCAGCCAGCCAGGCCCCCACUGACACCACACACCUUCGAGCCAAGGCCAGCUCGGGGCCCACUCCUGCGCAGUGGCAGUGGCCCACUCCUGCGCAGUGGCAGUGAUGCAGGCGAGGCCCGACCCCCUACACCAGCCAGCCCUCGGGCCAGGGCCCACAGUCACGAGGAAGCCAGUCGUCCUGCUGCAGCCCCCACCCGGCUCUUCACGGACCCACUGGCAUUGCUGGGGCUGCCUGCUGAGGAACCAGAGCCCACCUUCCCACCAGUGCUGGAGCCCCGGUGGUUUGCUCACUAUGAUGUCCAGAGCAUGCUCUUUGAUUGGGCUCCACGGCCACGGGGAACAGGGGGCCAUGUGGAAUCCAGCUCUGGGACCCCGGCCUCAGUCGAGGACCAGGCUGCGAGCUCAGACCUGCUGCUUGGGGCACCUGGAUUUGUGAGCGAGCUUGGGGGUGAGGGCGAGCUAGGCCUAGGUGGACCAGUGUCCCCACCUGUGCCCCCUGCACUGCCCAACGCCUCCGUGUCUGUCCUGGAAGAGCCACAGAACCGGACUGCGGCCUACAGCCUGGAGCACGCAGACUUGGGUGCUGGCUACUACCGCAAAUACUUCUAUGGUAAAGAACACCAGAACUUCUUCGGGAUGGACGAGGUGCUGGGCCCGGUGGCAGUGAGCCUGCGGCGGGAGGAGAAAGAAGGCAGCGGAGGGAGUACCCAGCACAGCUACCGCAUCAUUGUCCGGACCACACAGCUCCGGACCCUCCGAGGCACCAUCUCAGAGGACGCACUGCCACCAGGCCCCCCACGAGGCCUGUCUCCGAGGAAACUUCUGGAGCAUGUGGCACCACGAUUAAGCCCAACAUGCCUGCGUCUGGGCUCGGCUUCCCCCAAGGUGCCUCGCACCCUCCUUACACUGGAUGAACAAGUGCUGAGCUUCCAGCGCAAGGUGGGCAUCCUGUACUGCCGGGCCGGCCAGGGCUCAGAGGAGGAGAUGUACAACAACCAGGAGGCGGGGGCAGCCUUCACGCAGUUCCUCACCUUGCUGGGCGAUGUGGUGCGGCUCAAAGGCUUUGAGAGUUACCGGGCCCAGCUAGACACCAAAACGGAUUCCACGGGCACGCAUUCCCUCUACACCACGUACCAGGACCAUGAGAUCAUGUUCCACGUGUCCACGAUGCUGCCUUACACUCCUAAUAACCAGCAGCAGCUCCUGAGGAAGCGUCACAUCGGCAAUGACAUUGUGACCAUCGUGUUCCAGGAGCCGGGCAGCAAGCCCUUCUGCCCUACCACCAUCCGUUCGCACUUCCAGCAUGUGUUCUUAGUGGUGCGGGCGCAUGCUCCCUGCACGCAGCACACGUCCUACAGGGUGGCUGUGAGCCGCACCCAGGACACUCCAGCCUUUGGACCAGCUCUGCCCCCGGGUGGAGGCCCCUUUGCAGCCAACGCUGACUUCCGGGCCUUCCUGCUCGCCAAGGCUCUCAAUGGUGAGCAGGCAGCCACACAUGCACGCCAAUUCCACGCCAUGGCUACACGCACGCGCCAGCAAUACUUACAGGACCUGGCUACCAAUGAGGUGACGACUACAUCGCUGGACUCAGCUUCCCGCUUUGGCCUGCCCUCCCUAGGCGGCAGGCGCCGGGCCACCCCUCGGGGACCAGGCACUGAGCUGCAGGCGGCGGGUGCACUGAUGUGGGGCGUGCGCGCAGCUCCAGGGGCGCGGGUUGCGGCCGGAGCCCAAGCAGGAGGACCCGACAGUGCCGAGGUGCCGUGCCUGCUGGGCAUUUCGGCGGAGGCACUGGUGCUGGUGGCGCCUCGGGACGACCGCGUAGUCUUCAACUGUGCCUGUCGUGAUGUGCUGGCCUGGACCUUCUCCGAGCAGCAGCUCGACCUGUACCAUGGCCGCGGGGAGGCGAUCACCUUGCGGUUCGAAGGGGACCCCGGACAAGCGGUGGGCGAGGUCGUGGCGCGCCUGCAGCUGGUAAGCCGAGGUUGCGAGACCCGGGAGCUGGCGCUUCCCCGCGACGGCCAGGGCCGCCUGGGCUUCGAGGUGGACGCGGAGGGUUUCAUCACGCAUGUGGAGCGCUUCACGUUUGCUGAGACUGCUGGGCUGCGGCCCGGGGCGCGCCUGCUGCGCGUAUGCAGCCAGACGCUGCCCAGCCUUGGCCCCGAGGCUGCUGCCCAGCUGCUACGCUCUGCGCCCAAGGUCUGCGUCACUGUCCUGCCCCCCGAUGAGAGCGGCAGGCCCCGCAGGAGCUUUUCGGAGCUGUACACGCUGUCUCUGCAGGAGCCCAGCCGGCGGGGAGCUGCAGAACCUCUGCAGGAUGAGACCCCCAAGGUAGUCCUGCUGCCCACCACAAAGCAGCUGCUGCACCUAUGCCUGCAGGAUGGCAGUGGCCCUCCAGGGGCUAAGGAUCUGGCAGAGGAGAGGACUGAGUUCCUACACAGCCAGAACCCACCAUCGCCCCACAGCUCCCUGUCAGAUGAGGCCCCAGUCUUGCCUGACACCACCCCGGACCUCCUACUGGCCACCACUGCCAAGCCAUCGACACCUGGUGCUGGCAGAGAGAUACCUCCCUUCAAGGACCGGCCAGGCAGCCCCAGUGGCCAUGAGGACUCAGCCCCAGAACUGAGGGCCUCCUUCUUGCCACGAACCUUGUCUCUGAGGAACUCUAUCAGCAAGAUCAUGUCAGAGGCCGGCAGUGAGACCCUGGAGGACGAGUGGCAGUCCAUCUCAGAGAUUGCCUCCACUUGCAACACCAUUCUCGAGUCACUAUCCCGGGAGGGACAGCCCAUCCCAGAGAGCGGAGACCCCAAGGGAACUCCAAAGUCUGAUGCUGAGCCAGAACCUGGGAGUCUAUCAGAGAAAGUCUCUCACCUGGAGUCCAUGCUCAGGAAGCUGCAGGAAGACCUUCAGAAGGAGAAGGCAGACAGGGCAGCCCUGGAGGAGGAGGUGAGGAACCUGCGGCACAACAACCAGCGGCUACUGGCUGAGUCGGAGAGCGCCGCCACCCGCCUGCUCCUGGCUUCCAAGCAGCUGGGCUCCCCCGCUCCGGACCUGGCCUGAGCUCACCCACAGCCCCAGGCUAACGAUGGACCUACUUAGAACUGCCUGGGCCCUGCAGAGUACUUGGGUCACACCAGCCCUGGGCCCUCCUCAGGAUCCCUCCCUGCGCCAAGGCGUGUCUGAGCACUGCCCCAACUCCCCAGUCCAUUUGGUGGCAAAGGUGCCCUAUUCGUCCCUGUUUGUAAAUAUUUUGUGGAGACAAGGGGACGACAGGGAGUAAAGAAGCCACAGUA